GGCACGUCCCAUGACGCGUCCGCAGGCGGGCCUCUCCCGGACCUCUCUGUCUGCUCGGCGGGCGCGUGGCGCAUGUCCGCCAAGGUCGCCCAGCGCAUGUCGGUUGGACCGGUUCACUUGCUGGGCGACGCGGCGCACCAGUUCCCUCCUGCGGGCGCCUUCGGCAUGAACACCGGCCUGCAGGACGCGCACAACAUCGCGUGGAAGCUCGCCGCGGUCCACCACGGGUCCGCGUCGGAGCGAGCUUCCCGUAGGCGGAGGGUCGAGGCGGUGGAUCGAGCGUGAGGGGCUGCCUUCCGCGAGUAGGAGCGGCUCCUCUCGAGCUACGACGCCGAGCGCCGCCCUGUCGCCCACGCCAACGCGCGCCUCGCCGUCCACAACUACGAGCGAGGCCUGAGGGUGGCUGAGGCGCUCGGCCUGCCCGCUGCAGCGCCCGACCUCGCGGCGGGGGCUCUGGGCGCCGCGUCGCGCGCCGCGCCCGCGCCGGUCGCGAGGGCGUUCGGCUCGCGCCGCGUGGCGCAGACCGCCAGCGCCGCCCUCGACCUCGCCCGGUCGGGUCUCCUCUCCUCCUUCGGAGACCGCGAGAGCGGAGCUGCGCGCGCGACGCCGCUCGCGGACCGACUCAACGCCGCCGGCGCAGCGGCCGGCGUCGGCGACGCGCGGGUGGCGGCGGCGGCCGCCGUCGUCUCGGAGCGACGCGCGUUGCCGCUCCUGUUUCCUCGGCACGAGCUCGGCUUUGCGUACCCCGCUCGCGACGCGCCGCGCCGCCAGGCCCUCGGCCUGGACGAGACUGAGGCGGAGGUGGAGG